AUGGGGAAAUUCUUGUCGAUAGCAGCUGUGACUGCAUCGCUGCUAACGGCUGCGUCGGCCCAGAUCAGAGUUCGUCUGAAUCCAUCUAACGUGCGCUCGCUGGCAGAGCCCGAUUUUCACACCUGGACAAUCGAGAGCGAGACCCAGAAUGUGUCAACGACCGUUGAUGAUGUCUCGUUCGGUUUGUCUGCCGACUCGGAACUAGAAGGGAAUUACUUCAAAUACCAGUACACGCGAGCCAUCUCGCACCUCGGAGAGCGUGUCGUCAAUCAAGGAAUCACAGCAGGCGAUGAGUCUGGGAGUAUCGCUCUUUCCAUCAAAGGCCUGUCCAAAGGGGAACACUCGCUUCUCACCUGGCACAAUGCCUGGGACGCCGUUGAUUCGAUCGGAUCGGUGUCCGUAUCUGUGAAUGGCGAGAAGAAAACCUCGGUCAAACAAUCCGUGCGCAUGGAUAACAUCUGGGAGGCCGCUACCUCAUAUGUCACCUUUAGUGUGAACUCGGAAGGCGACGAAGUGAAGGUUAACUACGCGUCGUCCGGAAACUCCGAUGAUGUUGGCGUAAUCCUGAACGGAUUCGAGAUCGACACGCCCGCGAUCGGAAACCAGAUAUCCUUCCCAACACCGAAUCACCGCGACGAACGGAUUCGACCAAAGGAUGGAAAAAUUAUUACCGCAUCGUGGCGGGCGCCAUCUUUUGCCAAGGGCACUACGUACAAUGUCUACCAAGGCACUGCGACAGAUGAGCUGAAGUUGGCAGCCAAGGGCCUGAACAAGACGGAGACCAGCCUGUCUGGACUUAACACCAUGGACACCUUUUUCUGGAGAGUUGACGUGUUGUCCGGCGGAAAAACGUACACUGGUCGCACGUUCACCUUCCGGCUUGCGCAUUUGGCAUUCCCCGGUGCAGAGGGAUAUGGUCGUUUCGCUCGCGGCGGUCGCGGUGGUAAGGUCGUCAAGGUCACCUCUCUCGAAGAUAGCGAAGCCCAGGGAACUCUUCGUCAUGCCCUGACCAAUGUGACCGGUCCUAGAACUGUGGUGUUUGAUGUCGGCGGCGUCAUUACGACCAAGUCGCGACUCUCAAUAACCGACAGCUACAUCACCGUCGCCGGAGAGACUGCUCCCGGUAAAGGAAUUAUAGUGCAAGGCCAGCCCUUCGGACUCUCAGGUGCGUCCGAUGUGAUUCUGCGACACAUCCGCACCCGUCCGGGCACCAGUUCCAACGAGACCGUGGACGGUAUGGGGAUGGCGGGAUCCAAUUACUGCAUUCUUGAUCAUUGCUCGAUGGGUUGGUCGAUCGACGAAUCCUUUUCAUCGCGCAAUGCGAAGAACAUCACGUUCCAGCGCAACAUGAUAUCUGAGCCACUCAACGUUGCUGGCCAUAAGAACUAUCCCGCGGGAACUGAACACGGAUAUGCUGCGACCAUUGGAGGUGACAUCAGCUCAAUCCAUCACAACCUCAUCGCUCAUGCCGAAGGUCGCAGCUGGAGUAUGGGUGGUGGUGUUGACGACAAUUCGACCUUUGCCGGGCGACUGGAUAUUCGCAACAAUGUUGUAUACAACUUCGGAUCUCGUGUGACGGACGGUGGUGCGAUGGAAGUCAACUUCGUUGGAAAUCUCUAUAAACAGGGCCCGGCCAGCGAACUCACGUACGCUCUGAGAGCGCAGUACGAGGACAAUAUGCCGGGAAAGCAACAAUACUACUGCGCAGGCAACUCGAUGCCCGGUGUGUUUGACCAGGAUUCUGAGCAAUACCCAUCCGGGGACGGCACCUCGAAGAACCCCAAGAUUGCCUGUUACGCCGACGUCAGUAUUGAUCCAGCUCCCGAAUACCAGAAGUUCUUCGACGAGCCAUUUUUCCCGUCCUACAUCAAGGAGCAUACCUCGACCGAAGCAUACAAGCGAGUUCUCUCCGACAGCGGUGCCAAUCAGCCAGUUCUGGACGACCACGACAAGCGCAUCAUCCACGAGACGCUCAACGGUAGCUACACCUACCGCGGAUCGAAAUCCGGCAAGAAGGGUCUGAUCGACAGCGAAGCCGACGCUGGCGGCUUGGAAGAUUACCCCAAGGCCUCCUGGCCGGAGACCUGGGAUUCCAACAACGACGGAAUUGCCGACUGGUGGGACGGAUCGACUGGUGGCGAAGGAUACACGGCUCUUGAGGGAUAUCUUCAUUUUAUGGCUGAGCCGCAUGUGUUCGUGAUGCCCGGAGGAUCGGUUAAGUUCAACUUAAGGAAGCUCGCCGCGGGCUUCAAGAACCCUUCAUUCAAGGUCUCCGGUGGCAAGUUGGGAUCUGUGAAGAAAUCUGGUGGGCUGACAACUUACACGUCGAGUGGGGAUGCUGGUGUUGACUACUUCACUGUCAAUAUCUCGGACAGCGAGGGCAGUGAGUGGGAGAGAACGGUCGGCGUGGGAAUUUUCAAAGGGGCCGAUUCGUUGUCAUAA